AUGAAAGACGAUACAUUGACCCGAAAACUGAUCGCCGAUGCCGAAGGCGCUGGUGAGGAUCGUCGGCUGCAACAAAUUGCUACGUUUUUCCGCGAGAGUCGGAAAGUUGAAGAACCAAAGACAGCUGAAGUGGUCAAAGUGACAAGAGCUCUAGAACUAGUGGAGUUGUCAAUGCUGAAACAGAAGCAAAUAGCGGAGAUGAACAAGCGACAGGCGCUGGAAUUCGACUCGUUCGCUGGAGAAAUCGAUAGUGAGAUCGAGUUGAUGUACAAGAAGAUGGAGACGGCGAAGGCCGAGUUGGCGGAUGCGAAAAUUGUGAAAAAAAAUCGCCAAGAAUACCGAAAACUGGUGAAUGUGAUGAAUGAGGUGCCAACGCGAGCGGAGACCGCCCGUAAGCUAGAAGAGGUCCGUGAUGAGCUGGAACGACAACACGACCGGCAGAAGGUUCUCGAAGCGAAGCUCACGGAUCGCCGGAAUCAUUUGCAGGCUUUUAAUGUGAUUUUGUCGAAUUUCCAGAGGUUUUGUACAGAAGACGAUGACGACGACGAGACGGGGAUUUCUAACAACGGCGACAACGACGAUGAUGAUUCGGCGUCAGUGAGUGAGAAGCAGGAGGAUGAGAAGUGA